CACCAGCAGCGGUCCGGUUGGGCGUCUCUCACCAAGCCACGCUCACUUAUGGAGGCGCAUGAAACGUGCACUGUCAUUACUGUGACCUUACAGCCGCGCUCUCUUGUGGGAUUAUUCGCGUUUAGACUCGGACGGCUUUGUGCCGAGCCCGAAAGACGGUUGCUGAGUAAUGCUUUUAGACCACCAGGUGAAGUGAAGUGGACUUUGGAUUGAUGGACAGGGACUACUCAUGUGUGUCCGUCUGUGGGACCACAUCUGACACCAGCCUGAGAGGACAAUUUAAUAAAUGUUGCUUUACUGUCUGGCGGCUGUCGCCAGCUCUGCAGGACCUACGGACGUCCACGCUGCAGGUCUCUCUGUGCCCAAAUCAGCGCUUCCACCCUUGUUCCCGCACACCCCUCCUUGGCACUGUCUUUUAAUGAGACUGGGGCUUUUACCGAAUUCUCUGUCCAUAGUGUUCUCUACACGCCUGCACACAUAUUACACAUCACCACAGACUACAAGUGUCCCUUGGACGAAUUCAGGAAGUGUGCAGUAGUGGCCUCCUCUCCUUCCUCUACGAGGAAAUAAUCCAAAUGUUGAUCAGUUCUCAGGACAUACCAAAACGCUCAUUCAGGAUUUUUUAAAAAUCAUUAUUCUUUCUAAAUAAACAAUACAAAUCCAGAAAAAAAAAAACAAAGUGCGUGCACAAUGAGCUCAGACAGUUUUCAGUACCGUGCACUGUAUGAGUACAAGCGAGAGAGAGGAGAUGACAUCUCCCUGCAGCCCGGAGACCUCCUUACUGUCAGCAAGCUAGCGAUUCUGACCCCAGACUUCCAGGAGGGUGAUGAGAAGAACCCCACGGGCUGGCUCCAUGGCACAAAUGAGCGCACCAAGGAGAAAGGCGACUUCCCGGGGACGUUCGUGGAAUACGUGGGGGUUGUGCGUGUGGGCCUGUCUGCAGGAAAACCCUGGCCUAGACCUGUUCCCCCAACCCCUGGAGGACCCCAAACACCUGUAGGACCCCAGCCUCCAGGAGCCUGCGCUUCAGGGGGCUGUGGGUUGGGGGAUUCGCUGGAGCAGUGUACCGUGCCGGACCAGGCCCCAGCCGUGGUGCUCAGACUCACUGAGGCUCUGGAGAGACCUGGCUGGGAAAAUGAGCCAGUCCACAGAACCCUGUUAGGUUCCAGUGCACCAAUCAACCUACAACAGGCUCUGGACACAGACCCCGCUGCAGUGGAGUGUGAGCAGUAUGACUUGGCCGUGUUGGCUGAUACUCUCAGGGCUUACCUGCAGGAGCUGCCAUGUCCCAUCAUCCCAUCUGUGCUCUACAGUGAGCUGGUCUACACUGCUCAGGAAAUAGCAAGUUUGGAGGAAUGUGGUCAGCAGCUGAAGAGGAUCCUGGACUCCCCCAGCAUGCCACAAUCUAACCACCAGCUCCUGGUCUAUCUGACCCGUCACCUCAGCAAAGUGACUCAGAGUGGAGGAGCUGCUCAGGCAAGUGCCAGGUUUCUGGCUCAGGCCUACAUCGAGGCGGUCUUUAAACACAGCCAUUUCGGUGCGGAUGUGAACCCUGAUCAUCACGUGAAGAUUUUGGAAUCCCUCAUCGUCGUGGGAGGCCUGACUGAGAUGCAAGCUGCCCCAGCUCUUCCUCCCAAGCCGGCCAAACCCAUGACUCCUGUGAACAGUAACGGCGUGAAGGAGGCUGCAAGCAGCUCGUUGCAGGACGCUGAAUGGUACUGGGGAGACAUAUCAAGGGAAGAGGUGAACGACAAACUGCGAGACAUGCCAGACGGGACCUUCCUGGUACGGGAUGCCUCGACUAAAAUGCAGGGAGACUACACGUUAACUUUAAGGAAAGGUGGCAACAAUAAGCUAAUAAAGAUCUACCAUCGUGACGGCAAAUAUGGUUUCUCAGACCCGCUUACCUUCAGUUCGGUGGUGGAGCUCAUCAGUCACUACAGACACGAGUCUCUGGCUCAGUACAACACAAAACUGGACGUCAAGCUCAUGUACCCCAUCUCCCGCUACCAGCAGGAUCAGCUGGUAAAAGAAGACAACAUCGAUGCUGUGGGGAAGAAACUCCAGGAAUAUCACAAUCAAUAUCAGGAAAAGAGCAAAGAGUAUGACAGACUGUAUGACGAGUACACAAAGACGUCGCAGGAGAUUCAGAUGAAGCGCACUGCAAUAGAAGCCUUCAACGAGACCAUCAAGAUAUUCGAAGAGCAAUGUCACACGCAGGAGCGCUACAGCAAGGAAUAUAUCGAGCGCUUCCGCAGAGAGGGCAAUGACAAAGAGAUCGAAAGGAUAAUGAUGAACUACGCCAAACUCAAAUCGCGACUAGGGGAGAUCCACGAAAGCAAAAUCCGCCUGGAGCAGGACCUGAAGACGCAAGCUCUAGACAACAGGGAGACAGACAAAAAGAUGAAUAGCUUAAAGCCAGACCUUAUCCAGCUGAGGAAAAUCCGAGAUCAGUAUCUUGUCUGGCUCAAUCACAAAGGCGUACGUCAGAAACGAAUAAAUGACUGGCUCGGCAUCAAAAACGAGAACACAGAUGAUACUUACUUUGUGAGUGAAGAAGAUGAGAACCUGCCACACUACGAUGAGAAGAGUUGGUUUGUUGGGGACCUGAACCGCACACAGGCUGAGGAUCUUCUGCUGGGCAAGCCAGACGGAGCCUUCCUCAUCCGCGAGAGCAGCAAGAAGGGCUGUUACGCCUGCUCUGUAGUUGUGGACGGAGAAGUGAAGCACUGUGUGAUCUACAGCACGCCGCGCGGUUACGGCUUCGCUGAGCCAUACAACCUGUACAGCACUCUGAAAGACCUUGUUCUGCACUAUCACCAGACCUCGCUGGUCCAGCACAACGACUCGCUCAACGUGCGCCUGGCCUACCCCGUCUACGCACAGAUGCCCUCAGGCCCCCACAGAUGAGGCCCUGCCCAUUCCCACACACACACACACACACACACACAUACACACACACACACACACGUCCCUACAAACAAAACAAAACAAAAUCCAACACGACAAACACUUGCUGCAACACACACACACACACACACGUCAGCCACCUUCGGAGUUCUAUAUUUUUACUAGAACAAUUUGGAGGGCAUUCUUUCUAAAGACUGCUUGAUUUGCACAAGGAAGUUUUAAAUGUUUGUGAAUGUGAAAAAAAGACAGAAGGAAGCAGAAGAGGCGAGUUUCAGGUGACCCACGCUGCUACCUAAACUCCAGCUGGGACUUUUUACAUGCUUCUUGAUUUAAAGCUUUUUUUUUUUGUCCUCUUUUCUUUUUCAUUGUCAUUCAUUUGUACAUUUUUAUCCCUUUGUCCCAUCCUCCUUUACUAAGAGCAAGGCAGGAAAAUAUAUAUGUUUUGUUUCUUCUCUCUCUCUCUCUCUCUCUCUCUCUCUCCCUCUCCUUCUUUCUCAUUGCGUGUAUGCUGAAAAGGCAAAUGUAUGUAGCAAACAGACGCCUGACACUUUCCAGAGUGUUUCUCACAGUAACUGCUGCUGAACAAGGGAUUGUGGGAGGGAAUGGAACAGGACAGGGGUAGGGUGGGCUGGGGGGACAAGCUGAGAGGGCACAAGUGAAAAUAUGUCAUAGUCUUAAACAAAACAGGCUUGCUUUUAUAUGUUAGAGGGGAGUUGUUUAAAUUUUUUUUUAGUUUGCUUUUCUUGCUGGAUCUGAUCUUUUUUUUUUUUUUUAAACUUUAUGAGCAGUAAUGGUGUUACAGUCCAGUGCAGAGACCAAAGUUAGCAUAGGGAGGAAGUGUCUUUUUUUUUUUUUUUUUUUUUUUUUUCUUUGUUGUGUUCAUUUGCUUAAUGAGAAUGAGAGGAAAGUGUUAUUUCACCCUAAAACCUAAGACUCGGUAACUAAAGCUCCAGACAGAAAUAAAGAUUAUAAUUUACUUGACUGGAUUUUUUUUCUUCUUUUAAUAAAACUUAUUGACACAUUUUGACAUGACUCCUAGAAUCACAAACAGUGAUGAGAAUAUUAUUAAAAAUAAAGCCAGUCAAGGAAAUCCCUGUCAUCUGCAGCUCUAGUUAAGUCCACAUAGGUUUUAGGGAAAAAUGUCACUUCUGCUAAUGCCUAUGCUAAUAAACUGCUAACCACACAUGAAAUAGAGUUCGGGCCUGUGUCUUGUGCUCAAGCGCAAAGUUUUCCUACCAAAAUCGGAAGCAGUCAAUGUGAAGCACUUAUUUGCCAUGAUAAAUCCUGCAGCUACACAAUUUGUACACCAAAUUAAAACAGAAAACAUGAAACAAAACGAGAAACACUAUUUGAUGUGUGGUUGUUAAAAUGAUACAGAAUCUCUGUUGAUUGCUGAAGGCAAAACUUUGACUUGUUUGUGUUCAGCUUUGAAUGAUUCAGUGUACAAGAAGCAGAAGCAGUGGGUCAGUGAUGAGAAAGACUUGCUUUAGAUGACAAAAAAAAAACUUGAAGAGAGUGCAAUCCAACACGUGUAUUGAUAGCAUGGAGGUCUAACAAAAUAAGCUCUGAUGCACCGAUGAGCGAUAAUCACAUGCACUAAGACCCCUUUUGAGAAAAAUGCUUCUUUUUCUACCUGGUGCUUCUUAUAAUGAGUGAAUGCUUUCAUUGUCAAAAAGCUAAAAGGUCAACAUUUGAACAUUUGGCUACUUGUUAGUGUUCAUGUUGCACAAUAAAACCUUUUCAGAAAUUAGAUAACAUCACAGCGAAAUGCACAAUAUUCUGUGAUUAUACUGGCCACAUCACUUCUGAUUAGCACUGGACUCUCUCUUUCCCUGCUGCUCGUUCCUGGUACUGUUGUUUCGUCCACGCUCUUCUUUUAAAGCUCGAUCAGCCUGAUUUACUGGCGCGGGAUUGCUUUUUGAUGUCAGUUUUCACACACCGCAUGGGCAGCUGAAGGAGCGUAACGUGCUUAUUCCUCCUUUAUAAACUCUAUGCAUUAUGUCCACCUCUGUGUCACACUCGCUCCUCUAUAUUGUACUCCACACCAGAGAGGUUGUGAAAUGUUAUUCACAAGUUUACGUACAAAAAGGUCAAAUGCACAGUCAGUAUUCCUGUCCCCUCUGUUAUAUCAGGAGUUAGUGGUCAUUCUAAGUGUCUGAACCUGGACGGUGAGGACUUCUGGUACAGUCAGUGGAGUCGGGUCAGGUUGAGCACAACUGACAGGACAGCAAGGCCACGGUUUAGCCGUGUCCUCGUCUAACACAGCCAGCUGAUCACCGCUCCCUUGAGUGCAUGUGCUUUAUCUGUCUUCCCUCUUCACGCCCUGAGUGUACGGCUUCGAGAUAAAAACCACAUUCAGGCCCCGAGUCCUUGAUAGAAGCCACAUGUCCUCACAGCUUGUGACUUGAAGUUGGCCAGACAGUGAAGGAUUCCUUUCUGUCUGUCCUCUACAUUGCAGGCCUUCCUCUGCCUCGCACCAUGGCAACUAGCAUAAGAGCAAUAGAGCUCCUUGUGACUGUGUAUCACGGCUCUCGCUAGGCUGCAAUUGCUGAGGAAAGAGCAGCAGUGAAGCUUCCUAGUGCACACUGGGAUAUUUGGAGAAUGACCAACGUCUCCACACGAACAUCUCCAGACAUCCACUUUUCAAACCCCUUCCCAGCAAAUACUUGAUUUCCUCUUCUGCACUAUGACCCCAUAGGCAUCGUGGCAACCCUAUUCACAUGCACGGGGUUCGCUUUUUCUGUAAAACUUUUAUAGAUCAAAGAUUCUAUUUAGCGUCUCUCUUUUUGUUUUCCUUUUUCAAAGAUGCAGAUUGUUUGUCUAACCUGGGCCACUGACGGGUCCUCUCUCUAUUACUUGAACUAUUGCAUUGCUCACUGUUGAAUGUCUUUAUAUUGCAUAUAUACAAAUAUAUUAAAGAAGAGGAAAUCCCUUUUAUGACAGCCGAGUUCGGAAUAUAUGUAAACACAUUUAUUCAAAGACACAACUUCAAGUGUUGGUUGUUUCUUAAAGGGGUUUGCUUUAACUGAAAUACGACUGUUUAUUGGAUCCUGCUGUCCAAUAUUGCACACAUCAUAUUGAAGAGACUUUAUAGAACAACUUUACAAGGCUGGCGACAGAGUGAGGUUUUUCUGUGUGUCAUACAACUCAUCAUGUUCGUACAUUUAUUGAACAAUUGUUAAGGCUGAGUUGUAAAAGUUUUAUUAAUUCCUGGCAUUGAGACCAAAGAUUUGAGUUUGAUUUCUUUUCUCCUAGUGUUUGUUUUGAGCGAAUGCGUAGUUUUUCCCUAGUGUUUUUUUUUUCUCAAUGAAAACUCAAGGUGAUAUACUGGUUGGGUUAUAUUCGUGUUUGUCUUAUCAAAAGGAUAACAGACUAUUGUGAAUUGUAUUAACGGGGUUAGUAUACUCAGACUGUUGAACAAUCUGACAGUUUAAGUGAAGGGGAAAAAUCUUUCCACUUAAGAAACUAUUUUACCCCUAAACCAGUGAAGAGUAAACCUGAGGUUCAUCUUUUCCCCCGCCGACAAUUUUAGGAAGUGCUUGAAUAGUUUAGUGUGCCAUCAGUGUUUUCAUUUUGAACGACUGCUCACUGAAACACAUCACGCCACCGAAAUCCUGUUUGUCGCUCUUUUUCUCACAUUCAGAAAAAGUUGGGCCUAGCUGGAGGCCUGGAUUUUCUCUCCUUUGGACAUUUGUAGAGAGAGAAAAGCGAACUAGUGCACCUAGCAAUUUGUGGUUUGUCUCAAAAAACGCAAUGUGAUCAUCAUUCUCUGCAGGGCAGAAAAGCGGUGGGGUUCGUUGGCACUCUUUGUUCACACACUCCACAAAGCAUGCAAUAUUUCAUUUUUCAUUUUCUUUCCUAAAGGUUUCAGGGACAAAAACAAGCAUUGCAUUGGGGGGUUCGUAUGAAGGACAUGUUUACCAGAGAAAAAAAUGUGGGAUGGGGACGGGGGGGAAUUAAACAGAGUUAAAGAAAAACAGAUUAACGGUGCAUUACUUCAAAAGCUCAAAGGGUUCGGGCAUGAACCAAAACCUCUCCACUCACCUCAAACUGUCUGAGUUGUGAUUAGAUCAUCAGGCUUCGGUUAUUUCAAGACUGUUAACGCCACAAUGUACGAUUCUCUUGCCCUUUUGUGCAGUUCUGCAAAGUUUUAUUUGCAGUUGGGUUUGAAUAUGUUGUGAUUCUCAUUGGGAGUCUUUUAUGUUCUUACCACUACUGUCACAUCAUGACACCCAGCACAGCUUAAUGGAGUAAAGCUUCUUAUAUUUAAAUAAAGAAAAAAUGGAGAAAAAAAAGGAAAAGUAAAAAAAUAAUUUAAAAAGAAAAAAAAAAUAACAAAACAAAACCCACUCUCCCUCCCACUUUGACAUACGUACAAACCCAGCAUGCUUCUUUGGUACUCUUGACUGUUGUUUUGUGUAAAAAAGAAAAAGUUAAAAAAAAAAAAAAAGAUGUUGAAACAAGAACUGUUAUUUGUCUGUUUAUGGUGUAGUCAGAUAUACAUUUUGAUAUCGCUUAUUAAAAACACUGCUUUUUCAGCUGAAAUAAGUUUGAACCCUGUGUUUCAGUGGACAACGCAAAAUAUGAUAUUGUUCCUAAAUACUGAGAAUGAGGGGCCGCAUCAGCAAUAGCAAACCUGCCACAGGUUUCGACUUUUUUCCACAGGAUUUUAUCGGUACAUCACUGGAUAAUGACAAAGAGUCCAAGAAUCUACUAAUACCUAAGUCUUGAAACAGCAACAUUUUUAUGAGUUGAAUUUGAAUACACUCUUUUCAGUGAAUAUUUGCCCGACACCAGCAGAUAUUUCUAGACUCAGCUUGAGCAAUAAGCCGUUGGCCCUGAAAUCAGCUAAAUCACUGUAUCCCACAAAACACUAAAAAAAAAAAAUCUAAAAGCACGCACCAAACUCGAAUCUCUCCUGCACUACCUACACAUGCAUUUUUUACUUGCCGCAUCAGUCAUACGACAGCAUCUCGUUCUGUUCAUUAUAGCUGGAGAACAAGAGUAGAAAACAUCCUCUUUCUCAGUAUUUGAAUAUCAUUGUUGCUACAGGCUUAUUGAUACUCCUCAGUUGUUUUCCACCAUAUUUUCUUGUAUCUGUUACAAUAGUUUGUAUUGGUUGUAGACUCUCCAUUUGUUAUGAGAUGAACUCAUGUAUAUUCUCAAUGGAACUCCACAAUAUUCAUUUCUCUUGCGGAAUAAAGAAAAUAUUUUGUCCAA